AUGGCUGGACUUCUCGGUGGUGGUGGAAAUAACAAUGGAGGCAACAAUGGGGGUCUGCUUGGAGGGCUUUUGAAUACCGUUGAUGAUACUACGAAGGGUCUUCCUAUCGUUGGAGGUGUCACUUCACCACUUCUUCAGACUGUUGGUGGUGUUACAAACCAGCUCCCUAUCGUCGGUGGCGGAGGUCAACCACAACAAUCAGCAGCAGCACCAAAGCAGAAGAAGGUCUUGACGGAAGCAGAGAAGAAGGCAAAGAAGAAGAGACAACUCGAGAUUAAGAAGCAGCAGUUGGCUUUAGAGGCUGCGGAGCUUGAGGAUAGCGAUUAA